UGCUUUAGACAUUUGCCACCACCAAUCCGAUCGUUCCUCCUCAAGCUGUGUCACCCUUCAUUUGCUCUUCAGGGCUUUUCUUAAACCCUAGCGUCUUCUACCUACUCGUCAAUGGAGUUUUGGGGUGUUGAAGUCAAGUCUGGUAAGCCACUUGUUGUGAAGCCUGGAAUUCAAAAAUAUCUGCAUCUGUCACAGGCGACUCUAGGCGAAAUAAAGAAAGACAAAGCGAAUGAAAAUGUGACUAUUUUCUUGAAGAUUGGUGACCAGAAGCUUGUUCUGGGAAUUCUCUCCGCAGAGAAGUUUCCCCAGCUAUCAUUUGAUCUCGUGUUUGAGAAGGAAUUUGAGCUCUCCCACAACGGGAAGAGUGGAAGUGUUUACUGUGCUGGAUACCAGGCUUUCGCGGAGGAUCAAGAACAGGAUGGUUACUUUGAUUCUGAUUCUGGCUCGGAGGAUGAAGAACUUGCAUUGCCCCCUGCUCAAAAUGGAAAACCUAGUCAGAAGGAGGAGAAGUCUAUUUCAGAUAAAAGUAAUGGUGCAAAGGCCGCUUCUUUGAAGAAGCCAAAUGUGAAGCCUCUUGAACCAAGCAAGGAUGAGGAUGACGAGUCUGAUGACGAUGAUGAAUCUGACGAGGAUGAAGAUUCUGAUGAUGAAUCUGAUGAGGAAAUGCUUAAUGCUGACGGUGGUGAUUCUGAUGAUGAAGAUGAUGACUCUGACAGUGAUGAGGAGACACCGAAAAAGAUUGAACCAACCAAGAAGAGGUCGAAUGAGUCUGCCACCAAGUCAACACCCCUCCCUGCAAAGAAGGCGAAGUUAGCUUCGCCUGGAAAGACUGAUUCAAAGAAGGGGGGCCAUACUGCUACUCCACACCCAGCCAAGAAAACUGGUAAAACUCCUGCUGCCAAGUUAGAAAGCCCGAAAUCCGGUGGUCAGUUCUCUUGCAAGUCCUGCGACAGGGCAUUCGGUUCUGAUGGUGCACUUCAGUCUCACAGUAAAGCUAAGCACGGGGGUAAGUAAAAACGAAGAGUGCCAUAGUUUCUUUACAGCUUAAAUAGGUUGGUUUCUAGAUAGGUUGCAGGCUUGGCUGAAAUUUUGUGUGAGGGUUGGGAUUUUAGAACGAGAAAUGUAUUUUUUUUCAACUUGAGGAAGAAGAUGAAUUUAGUUUGAUAAAUGUAUGAAUGAUGUUUUCUGGUCUAAUUGCUGUGUAACUCAUUCGCGUGCAUUUUACUUUGGUGGAACUCUGUAUCAGUCCUUUCAAGCAAUGAAAGUUGAAAUGUGUUCAAUAUA